AUGCUAUCUCUCGACGAAACACUAAGGCUCAAUAACGAAGGUGUGGCCCUAUUCCAGGCCAACGAACCCUCCAGGGCUGCCGAAAAACUGCACUCAUCACUUAUUGGAGCAAGAUCCCUCAUUCAUCGUAGAGCUCAAGCAGAUCAAGAAAUCAGCAGUAAUCCAAAUGCACCACACCUUCUGCAGUGCUGUGCAACAUCUCGAACGCGGGCUUGCUGCAGCAAAGAUCGAAACGAAUUCUUCCUUUACUUGCGCGCAUUCGCUUUCAGAGAAGAACCUGAAGGCGAGGGACGAUCGAUGCAAGCGCUAUCUGUUUACAGUGCAGGCAUUCUUUUUAAUCUUGCCAUCUUGUAUCACACGCGCUGGAUGAAAAACGGGUCACCUUCCCUUCUGGACAAGGCAGCCGUUUUUUAUAGUACACUUCUUCAGAUAAUUCAAGCAAACGAUGGCUUUGAGCACAAUCCAGAGUUGCUACUUCUAGCUUUUGUCACCUGCAACAAUUUGGCUCAAAUCGAACUUGAGAGGGGUAUGGUUGAAGACUUCAAUCAGCAUCUCCGUUACAUGACUCGAAUUUUGUAUACAACGAAGAGAACGCUAGUUGUGACGCUACCAACAAGGGAGUUUGAAGGCCUUUUCUCCAACACUUUAUCAGCAGGCCGUUUGAGUACAGCUGCAGCAGCAUGA